AUGGAAACCCAUUAUUCCCACCUCGGAGACCAGAUCAACGCGGCUACGAGAUUGGUGCAUACCCAGCUUAACAGUCAGAUCAUCCGCCGUCUCCCUCUGGCUUUACCUCCGGCUGCAAAUACACCCUCGACCUACAUAUCUGGUCUGCUCCACGUAGCUCCGGUAUACAUCACCUUCGAGACGCUAUGGUACAUGAUCCUUCUUUCCCACAAGGAGCAGACGAAAGAAUUCAGGAAUUCGUCCCCAUACCGAAACAGACCAUCUUCUCCUCAACCACCGCAGGAGAAAGACCGGUUUCUCCUCGACCCAAAGACCUCACACCGCGUCCCAUUCCACGAUGGCGACGAUGCGGGCCUAUCGCAACGCCCCGGCACCUCUGAGCGCAUAUUUUCCAUCCUCGAGAGCCUUCGUAUUCCAGGUCUCAUGCGAGCCGACUGCCUAUGGGCCGAUAUAGGCUGCCUGACAGGCUGGUCCAAGGAAAUGGUGAACGAGCAAAUUGAGGUUGCGGCUCGAAAUGGAAACCUGAAAAAGUUCGUCACCCAUAUAAAACAAUCUGUGGGCGAGAGUCCACCUGUCUUACUCGCCUAUGCAUGGGUCCUUUACAUGGCGCUCUUUUCCGGAGGCCGAAUCCUCAGAAGCUCGUUGGAAAAGGCGGGCCCGGAGUUCUGGAAGACCAGGUGUGACCCCAUCAUGCCUUUUGGUAAAGCAUGCACAUAUCCGGACAAGUCCCAUGCGACGGCGCCAAUGAGUCAGCGCCUCCGGUUCUUCCACUUCAAUACCAGUCAGGAUGGAGAAGAUCUGAAGCGCGAGUUUAAGAGACGCCUGGUGGAGGCGGAGGAUCUUCUCACGACUUCGGAGCGGGCAAGGAUUGUUCACGAAUCUGUUUAUGUUUUCGAACAUAUGCUUGGGCUUGUCUCCCAGCUGGAUCAUGUCUUCUUGGAGGGCACCAAAGAUGACAGCGUCUUGGAUAUUAACGUGACGAGAGCCAAUGCUGAUGCUGAUACACCUUCACCCUCACCCUCACCCUCACCGGGACCUUCGCUUCUCAAACCAGCGGAAUUCGGCGGUCGGGUACGCGACAGUAUUGUCCUCUCAAAGGAACGGGGAGUCCGAACGGUUCCCGGCAUGAGAAACCAUCGUCGUUCGCGGUCUGUCUCUAUCGAUGAGCCACUUGACGAACGCGGCGAUAGAUCAGACGUGCCAUCUCCAUACCUGGUAGCUUCUUUGCUCAGGCCCAUGGAACAAGGCGGUCGACUACGUGACAGCAUUGCUGUCUCGAGAGAACGCGGUCUCCGGACUACCCACCUUAGGUCCCAUAACCAUUCUGAAUCCAUCUCAAUCGAUGAGAACUCAGAAAGCCACACCUUGCCAGAGAACCCCGAGAUCAAGGCGAUCACCCCCCGUUACACAUCGGAGCUGUCAUCCCCCUCGGGGCCCGGAAGCCUGGGCGAACCGCUCAACAGCAGCAUGGAUGCGCAAGGAACACUAGCCGGUGCUCAGCCAUCAUCGUCGUCGGACACAGCUUCCCUCCUCAUCCGAGGCAAAACCGUCAGGUUCAAGAAACCAUCCGCAGUUGGCAGCAUCAAAAGAACUGCCGAGCCAACUAAGGACUCUGAGAGUUACCGCGAACUGGAAGAGGAGGCAGAACGUCGACCACAAUCAUCCGCCGAAAAGGUGUCGCCAACGUCGGACAACAACUCAGCUACUGGUGGGGAUGAACCUUCUCUUCCCACUGUACCCAUCCAUAUCGCUGGCGUCGACGGAUCUGAUGCUGAUGACUCUUCUGAUUCUGACAAGCAGAUGAAGCAAUUGCAAAAGCAGCAGCAAAGGACGGAGGUAGCAGUGGCGGACCGUAACUCUGGACAACAUGGAACCAUAUUUGUCACAAUUACGGACACUGCGAUGAUGGAAAGGGUAGAAAGCAACAGCAGCAGUGAUGAUCGACAGCUCGCUGCUGCUGCUAGUGGUGAAGAGUCCUACAGAGCCAAAUCUGGAACUGGCAUAUCGACAGCGGAAGAUGCUGGUGGUGAUGAUAACAGGCCGUCCUUGAAAAGAUCUUCCUCAUCUUCGUCCUCACGACACAAUAUCAAGUCGUGGUUCUCUUCUCAUAUUACCAAAGUUGAGAAGAAAAUUGAAGGCACUGGUGCUGGUGGUGGUGGUGGUGCCAGCAACGAAGUGGUAGUCACCGAGACCGUUACCGAAGCUGCCUCUACUUCUACUACUUCUUCGUCAGCACUAAGUCUAAAAGCCAACAUGAAGAACAAGCUAGCCCAGGGUCAAGACAAGCUAAAAGUCAAAAUGGACCACGCUGAGGAGAAGCUGAAGCGUGGCAAAGAAAAGUUGAAGGAGAAGAGCGAAGAACUGUCGCUGUUGGCUAUCGGGCCUGUGAGAUUCAUGUGGAAGUUUGUCUUUGUGCUGGGUGUCAUUGGUGCCGUCUGGGGCGUAGGAAGCAUGAGGAGUAUGCUUGGGUGGACGUUCAUGCCGGUAACGAUGGUGGUGAAGGCUGCUGGGUGGGUUGGGGGUGGGUUAAAGGGUGCUUUUGCUGGUGGUGCUGGUGGGAAUGUUUGA